UGUUUGGUUGAUGAAUAGGUGAGAGAUAAACACAAACCGAAAUUAAAAGUUAUCUAUGCAGAUUCGAAUAUUUUAUUUUAUUUUCAUGAAAAUUAAAAGAAAAUCUCAUACACAUUAAUUAUAUGUAGGUAGCCAUGUCUAUACACAAGCAGGAGCAUAAUACAAGCUCACCGUCAACGCCUAGAGUUCGCCAUCGCCGGCGUUCUAAUGAGGUUCCUAAUGAGACGAGCAGAUCGAAUGGCAAUUACUUGCUCACUAAUGACCGAGAUAAAUACAAAUCAAUGUUAAUCCGAGCUCACUCGUCUUUAUGGAUGCUUGGGGGAUUUCUGCUCAGUCUUUACAUGGGGCAUCUUUACAUUUGGGCAGCGGUUGUUGUUAUCCAGAUAUUUAUGGCAAAAGAGCUAUUCCAUCUUCUCAGAAGAGCUCAUGAAGAUAGGCGUCUUCCUGGUUUUAGGCUUUUGAAUUGGCACUUCUUUUUCACAGCAAUGCUUUUUGUGUAUGGCCGUAUAAUCAGUCAACGACUUGUCAACACAGUAACUUCAGAUAAAUUCUUAUACAAGCUUGUUGGUGGCUUGGUUAAGUAUCAGAUGGCUAUUUGCUACUUUUUGUAUAUUGCAGGUUUUAUGUGGUUCAUUCUUACGUUGAAGAAGAAGAUGUACAAGUAUCAAUUCAGCCAAUAUGCUUGGACGCAUAUGAUUUUGAUUAUAGUAUUUACGCAGUCUGCUUUCACUGUAGCCAACAUUUUUGAAGGGAUAUUCUGGUUUCUUCUACCAGCAUCUCUUAUUGCUAUCAAUGAUAUUGCUGCCUAUUUCUUUGGUUUCUUUUUCGGGAAAACGCCUUUGAUUAAGUUAUCUCCAAAGAAAACAUGGGAGGGUUUCAUUGGAGCAUCAGUUGCAACAAUGAUUUCAGCAUUUGUGUUAGCAAACAUACUGGGGCGUUUCCAGUGGCUGACAUGUCCAAGGAAGGACUUAUCAACAGGGUGGCUUCAGUGCGAUCCUGGUCCACUAUUUACACCGGAGCAUUAUUCCUUACCAGGAUGGGUGCCUGAUUGGUUUCCUUGGAAAGAGUUAUCGAUUUUGCCGGUGCAAUGGCAUGCUUUAUGUUUGGGUUUAUUUGCCUCAAUUAUAGCACCUUUUGGGGGCUUCUUUGCUAGUGGUUUCAAGAGAGCUUUUAAGGUCAAGGAUUUUGGGGAUAGCAUACCUGGACAUGGAGGUUUUACCGAUAGAAUGGACUGUCAGAUGAUAAUGGCGGUUUUUGCCUAUAUCUAUCAUCAGUCAUUCAUUGUUCCACAAGACUAUUCAGUUGAUAUGAUUAUGGAUCAGAUAAUGGGAAGCCUUACUCUGGAGGAACAGCAAGCUUUAUAUACGAAAUUAGGGCAGAUUUUCAGAGAGAGACAAUGGGGACUAAAUUGAAGUUCUAUAAGACGAUUGUUUAUCCCGCUCGCUACAGCUUAUGGUGUAAUGUCGUGUUUCUUGUGAACAUCAACCGAGUAGAAACAGGUGAUGGGGGGAAGAUUAGGUAGGAACUUUUUAUGUUUUCUUCAAUUGAGUGUUCUUGAUUUGUUGUUUAGCCAACAUUUUCCAGUUAUAUGCUGUCAAAUAUUCCAACCUUUGUAAAUUAUUAGCUCAGCUGGGAUUUCCCCGUCCCUUCAUAUGACUACUUUUUGUGAAGAAAUGUACUCAAGUCGACUGUACUAUAAUUAUCAUGUCAAAAAGAAAAUGAAAAAUAUUGACUUUGGUUUC